AAAGCGAGAUAAUUAAAGGAUAAUAAAAUUUGGCGGGGAGAAGCCACGACCGUUCGCCGGCGUUGCGUCUCCCGCCGCGGUGACCUCACCUCUCUUCCUCGCCGCCGGCGGCCGCGCGUCCAUCGCGUCGCCGUCGCCGCCAUGGCCGCCACCGCACUCCAACUCCCAGUGGCCAGCUCGCAACGUCUGACGCUGAGGCGUUUCCCCGGCAGCGGCUCGUUGGGUCGGUACUCUGGGUUGCGGUGGCCCGUCGCGGCGCAGGCGAGGAGGGCGGCGGAGGAGGGGUUUCGUCUCCGUGUCGCGUUCAACCCCUCCGGGAACUUCGACCUCUCCCUCUCCACCGACCAAGACGAUGCCCCACAAGUUGAGCCUCCACCACCACCUACAGAAGGUCGCUUUGAGAUUGUCAUCAACACCGAUAUCAUCCGGACGCUCGACCUUUCGCCUGUUCAUGAAGUACUUGGUGACUUGAAUUCCCUGACACCAGCUCAAACAAGAAAUCUCUUGGAUCGAACGGUCGGGUUUACUAUAAACUAUGAGAGGGAGGAUCCAUAUGAUGUGAGGGAGCUGUCAGAGUUCCCUGAUAUAAGGCUAUGGUUUGUGAGGCUUGAUGCUUGUUACCCUUGGUUCCCUGUUGUGCUUGAUUGGAGAGCUGGUGAACUUGCCAGAUAUGCCGCAAUGCUGGCCCCUCACCAGAUGAGCAUGAGGCUUGGUGUGGUCUUCAACCCGGAGGCGCUGGAGCUGUUUGUGAUGAAGAAGGUGUUCAUUGUUUACUCAUGGCUAAAGCAGCAGGAACAUCCUAAACCUGGACUCAAGACGGCUGACAUGGCCAGGAUGCUUGGUUUCGGUAUAGGAGAUGAAUUAUUCGACUUGAUUGAGAAGUAUCCUGCUGGUCCUUCAUGAAUCUAUCUCCAUAACCUAGAGAAUUUUGUCAAUAAUAGGCAUCACAUCAUACCUUUUUCUUUUUUUUUUAAGCAUCACCCGGGGCGAAAUGCUCACCUGAAUAUGGAUUACAUCAUACUGAAUCAAAUGAUAACUGUUUUCAGUCGUCUGGGCUUUGCUAUAUGUUGUUGUUGUCUACAGGAAACAAUUCAAUGUGUAAAUAGUGCCAAAGAAAUCAAAUUUUAGCUCAGGAGUACAGUUUGAGAUUUUGCUUCUGGUGCUAGUAACUUUGUAAGCUCCUGCAACUGUGAUAUGAAUAUAAUUUUGCCACUAA